AUGACUGAAGUGGCCCCUGAAAAUAAGCCCAUCAACCCCAAGAUUGGGAUAAUAUAUCCACCUCCGGAGGUCCGCAACAUUGUUGACAAAACUGCAAGCUUUGUUGCUCGCAAUGGACCUGACUUCGAGUGUCGCAUUCGGCAAAAUGAGAUUAAUAAUCCCAAGUUCAACUUCCUCAACCCCACGGACCCUUAUCAUGCCUAUUAUCAGCACAAAGUGAAAGAUUUUACAGAAGGCAAAGCUGUCGAAUCUAUUGGAAUGAGAGUGACCGUGCCUUCAGCGGCUCGCCUCGGACAAGAUGCGCCGAAGCUCAUCCAGGACUCGUUUAUUCCUAAGGAACCCCCUCCAGAGUUCGAAUUUGUGCACGAUCCAGCUUCCAUAAGUGCGCUUGAUAUUGACAUUGUUAAGCUAACUGCUCAAUUCGUUUCACGUAAUGGGAAGCAGUUUCUUGCCCAACUAAUGAAUCGUGAGCAGAGGAACUAUCAGUUUGACUUCCUACGUACCCAGCACAACAUGUUUGGUUAUUUCACAAAAUUGGUGGAACAAUACACUAAAGUUCUUAUUCCUCCACGUGAUUUGGUUAGUGGGCUGGAGGAAGAGCUUAAAAAUCCGAAAUCAGUCCUGGAACGUGUCAAAUAUCGUGUAGAAUGGCACAAGUACCAGGAGCGCCAACGGCGCAAGGAAGAAGAGGCAGCUGAACGGGAGCGGAUGGCUUACGCUCAAAUUGACUGGCACGAUUUUGUUGUUGUCGAGACCGUAGAUUUCCAACCAAACGAGCCCGGCAGUUUUCCAAUGCCCACCACGCCUGAGGAAGUUGGAGCUCGCACAAUUGCUGAUGAACGAGGCGAUGUCCUUCCACAACAAAAUGAACCACUCAAUAACGCUCCACCACCUCCAGGCUCUUUUGAUGCCCUUCCAGCUGAGUUGAACAACAUGGAGGAUGAGGAGGAGGACCUAGAUGAGGAAACCGAGGAACCAUCCACUGUAGCUACCGCAGCCCCUGAAAUAGAGGAACUUCAGCAUGAAGAUGCAAUUGACGAUGCCGGUGGGGAGGACAUGGAGUUGUCAGAUGAAGAGGAGACUAUGCUAGUCGAACACCCGCCAGCGCCUCCUCAAGCUUUACCAAAGAUUGCGCGCCCUGCACCACCCUCUGCUGAUCAAGUACUUAUUCGUCACGACUAUGACCCCAAGGCCGCCACUGCUCAUCGAGACGUGACGGAAGCCCAGAAAAAUCAGGUCCUGCUUGUAUCUCCCUUCACUGGGGAGAAGAUCCCAGCCAGCCAGGUGCCGAAGCACAUCCGCGUGGGGCUUCUUGAUCCAAAGUGGUUGGAACAACGGGACCGGGAAAUUCGUGAAAAGCGUGAACAGGACCAAGUAUAUGCUUCGGGUGCGUUGAUCGACAGCAAUCUAAAGCAACUUGCUCAGCGUCGCUCGGACAUAUUUGGAGUGGGAUCAGAGGAAACACAGAUCGGUAAAACUGCCGAAGAAGCAUCUAGUGCAAAGCAAGCAAAACCAGAUAAGUUAAUUUGGGAUGGUCACGCAGCUUCUGCAGAGGUUGUGAGCAAGAGAGCAAAAGAUUAUAUUACUCCGGAAGACGUACGGGCGCAUUUUGAGGCUGAACAGCAGCUAGAGACCGAACGAGCUAAGAUUGGAGCGCAGCUUCCAACAAUGGCUCCACCUCAACCGACCUCCUUCAUAAUGGGUGGAGCGCCACCCCCGCCUGGUGGAACGGGAUUAGUGGGUGGCAUGGUUGUGCCGCCUGCCUUUCCUCCUUUUAUGCCUCCCGGAGGCAUGAUACCGCCUCCACCCCCUCUUUCCUCUAUGAUGCCACCACCGCCGCCGCCGCCACCCCUUGUGAUAGGAAACGGCAGCAACAUUGUGGAAGAAUCAGAGGCAAAGAAGGCACGAAUGGGUGACUAA